AAUUAGGGUAAAUGGCAUUUCAUUGCUCAGUAAAGACUCAGAAGAAGGGUGGAAAAAGAGAGAAAAGAGAGGAAAGGAGUUAUUUGAGAGAUAUACCAGAAAAUGAUGAAGAAUUAGAAUCUCCCCUUGGGAAUAGUAUGAUGAUUAAUAAAAGGAAAUCAGCAUCCGAAAUUAAAUCAUUCGAUAGCACUUCGCCUACUAAAUGGACAAAUAAGGCUCUGAAAUAUAGCUAUAGAAACACAAAAUUAAAUAGGCUAGUUCAUAAAAACUCAAAAGGAAGUCCAUCAGAUUUCAUGAAAAUCAGGAGUAACAAUUUGUCAAUAAUCAGCCUUGGAAGCAACUCUAAAGCUGAAGAGCCUCAGGAAAGUUCACUCUCACGGAACAGUUCCCCCACAAAAAUUCCAAAUAGUUUAAAAUAAGUUGUCAAGAAGAGCAGAGAAUCUCUCUCAAAAAGGUCUCGGUAGCAAGAGAUUUCUUGAUCGAAGUAAAGACUCUAUUCCUGAAUUGCCAGAUAUUUCUGUAUUUGCCAAGUCCAUCGUGGAGACAGAAAGAAAAUGGGAGAAUACAGAGACAACAAGUAUCCUAGCUAAUGACGAAAAGAAGGUGGAAGAUUACUCUAACAUAGAAAAUCUCACUAGGUAUUCUGUCCUGAGUAAACACCUCAGAAAUAAAGAACGCCGGCAUUAUAGUGUAAAGAAGAGAACUACUAAGCCUGUGUUUCUUAAAAAGGAGCAAACCACAGAUACUGAAGAGACAAGUAGCUUCUGGUCUCUCCUAGAGGACCCAACUAAGAUAGAAAAGAUCAUUGGAAUCUUGACCGAUCUUAAAGAUGAUAUCAUUCGAAGAGAUCUCGAGAAGAUCAAGAAUCAAGUCACUAAGAAUUCGGUCAUUGGCAAAAUCCAGGAUUUUAGCGACAAGUGAAUGAAAGUCAUUAAGAAACAGCAGGAAAUCAUUAAGAAAUUGUCUAAACUCUCAAUGCCAGUGCUGCCAAGAGAUAAUUCUAACAUUAAGCUAUCUAAUGAAAGUCGGACUAAGAGUGUGAAUUCCUCUCGUGAAGGCUCUUUCUACUCAAAUGUGAGACAAAGUAACCCCACUUCUCUCAAGGUUGAUGAGAAUUUGUACAAAGAGUUAGUCAAGAAGCUCAAAGUUAUCAUAAGCAGCAAGGAUAAAGAACUAGAGUCUAAUAACAAAUCCAUUGAUACUUUAAAGGACAGGAUUAAAAUGUUGGAACAGGAACUAUCUGAGCUCAAAAAGCAAUCUAGUAUAGUAAUAAACACUGAUAUCACCAAGCCAACUAUCGAGGAAGAUGACUACAAUGGGAGUAUCUACUCUAGCGAGACUGAAGAUGUGUAUUGAAUGAAGAAUUUAUCAAUGAGUAAUUACCAGCCAAGGAUAAGCAAGUAGUUUUAUCGAUACUGAUAUGAAGGAAAGCCACACCAGUUUCGUAAAUACCUGGAAAUAUUCAAU